AUGAGCUCAACAGCCAACCAUCACCAACAACAACCCGCGGCCGCACGCGCUGCUGACCUGUCGCUACCCACCGGUCCCGAGUCGGGACAGACAUCAUCGGCAUCAGCAUCGGCAUCUGCAUCCACCUCGGCAUCUAUAUCCACCGCGGCAUCCGCACUGGAUCUUGCGCGCGGUGGCCAUGGUGACAGCGCUUCCGGUACCGCCACCGCUGGGCUGCUGCACUCGUCAUCGGACCGCGCUCAUUCUCCCGAACUCGCGCCGGCCGAGACGUACCAGAUGGACAGCGAGGCAUACGACUCAUCCGACGCCGAGAGCAUGGCCGACUCGGAGUACGAGACCCUCGUCCAGGAAGCCGACGCAGGGUACACCGAGGACGAGGCGGCGGCGUUUGUCGCACAACUCAAGGAGCAGGGACUGGUCAACUUUCUGCGUGAAUACCUGGCACCCCAACCCGAUGGGUCGGUGCAGAGCCUACGCAAGCUGCUCCUCGGCAUGGGCAUGGUACCGCCACGGAGUCUGCGUGAACCGGGCACACCGGACCUGCAUCUCCUUGGCUUUGCAAAAGUGGCGCUGUCGCGCGUGUUGCGGCGCCGCGAGAAGCUGCCGCAGGAGAACACGGUCGACGAUGCUGUCCGCCUGUUGUCAACUGCCAAGCGCAUCAUCGUCCUGAGUGGUGCUGGAAUCUCGACGUCGUGUGGCAUUCCCGACUUUCGCAGCUCGACAGGUCUCUACGCCCAGCUCCAGGCCGAGGGCAAGUACGAGCUCGACGACCCCCAGCAAAUGUUUGACAUCAGCUACUUUCGCGAGCACCCGGAAGUCUUCUACUCCUUUGCAAAGCAGAUCUACCCGUCCAACUUUGUGCCCAGCCCGUGCCAUCGCUGGAUCAAGUUGCUCGAGGACCGCGGUGUGCUGUUGCGCAACUAUACCCAAAACAUUGACACGCUCGAGAGCCUUGCGGGCGUCACCAACGUGCUCCAGUGCCACGGAUCAUUCAGCACCGCGUCUUGCCUCCGCUGCAAAGACCGCAUGCCCGGGUCCGUUAUCGAGCCGUACAUCAUGUCCCAGCGUAUCCCUUACUGCCCGAAAUGCCGGCCGCAGCGCGACGCCGAGAUUGCCGCCAUCAAGGCAUACCGCGCCCAGCGCCGGGCCAAGAGCAAGAGCAAGGGAAAAGCCAAGGCGACGUGGGACGACGACGAGACAGAGGACGACGACGACGAUAUCCCAGAAUGGAGCGGCGAGCCCGGUAUCAUCAAGCCGGACAUUACAUUCUUUGGCCAGGCGCUCGACUCUGAAUUUGACGAAUGCCUGUUCCGGGAUCGCGAGCAGGUCGACCUGCUCGUCAUCAUGGGCACGAGUCUCAAGGUCGCGCCCGUGAGCGAGGUGCUCUCACAUAUACCCCACUCGGUCCCGCAGAUCUUCAUCAACCUCACCCCAGUCACACACGUCAAGCCUGAUAUCUGCCUGCUAGGCGACGCCGACUCGAUCGUGACCGCCCUCUCGGACCGGCUGGGAUGGUCCAUCCCGCCACCUCCGCACGGUGACGCCGCACAAGUCCCCAUCACACCCGAUGACGCCGUGUGGAUCAGUGGGGACGGCGAUUGGGCCCACUUACACAUGCUGCGCUCGCAGGCCGAGCGCGCAGCCGCCGCGGACAAGGCGGAGACGGACAAGGCCAACGGGCUCGCGCCACUGCCGACGCUCGAGGUCAACGGCCUGCUCCGGCCAUACACGCCCGCAGGGAGCGAUUCGGGCAGCGACAGGCCCGCGAAACGGUCCAGGAUGGGCAGCCCCGAGCCCGGCGAGGAGGCGAGUCGCAACGGCAGUGGCAGUGGCAGUGGAAGCGGUGGCAGGGGCCGCGAGCUCAGUCUCGUCACUGCCAGCCACUCGCCCUCGCCCUCGCCCUCGCCCGCGGCGGACGGUGGUGUGGCCGAAUGA